CCUCGGCAUGUGACUUCUCAAAGCUACAUUAAACCUGCCCCCUCCUCUUCUGUUGUGCCGUUCUCCGGUCUUGUGACUGGCUGCCUCAGCGCUGCUGCUCUGUCUAUCCAUCACUCAGUGAGUGGAGAGGAGCGACGAUGAGGUAAACCUGCGGCUGCAGCGGCUGGAGAAACGGGAGAGUAAGGAGCGGACAAAGACGGCGAAGGGAAAAGGCGAGGAGGGCAGGGGACCGAGGCAUGGCAUCCAUAAACGGGGCACGUAAGAAAGCCGCGGCGAGGAACCGAGCCGUGGAGAGGAGGAAUUUAAUCACCGUUUGCAGGUUCUCGGUGAAAACGCUGAUCGAUCGCUCCUGUUUUGAGACUAUAGAUGACACGUCUCCUGAAUUCAUCAACUUCGUCUCUAUUCUGGAGCAGAUACUCAGCCAUCGGCUCAAAGGUCAGGUCAGUUGGUUUGGCUAUGAGAGCCCUCGUAGUUUCUGGGAUUAUGUCCGUUUGGCCUGUAGCAAAGUCCCUCACAGCUGCAUCCACAGCAUCGAGAGCAUGGAGAACGUCCGCACCUCCAGAGCCAAGGGUCGUGCGUGGAUCAGAGUUGCGUUGAUGGAGAAGCGUUUGUCUGAAUACAUCUCUGCAGCUUUGAGAGACUUCAAAACCACAAGGCGGUUUUACGAGGAUGGGGCCAUAAUGCUAGGUGAGGAGGCGGGGCUGCUGGCGGAUACUCUGAUUGGUCUAAACGCUAUUGACUUCAGUUUCUGUCUGAAGGGCGAGGGUUUGGAUGGAAGCUAUCCUGCUGUCAUCGACUACACACCUUACCUCAAGUUCACACAAAGCUCAGACAGCAUCAGCAGUGAUGAGGAGGAGAUGCGAACUCUGGGCAGCAGCGGCAGUGAAGCCAGCACACCGGAAUCCAACAUGGCUCCCAGCUUCCGCACUGACCUGAGCAGCUGGUACAGCAAAUACAAGAGAGUAGAGCAGAAAUACAGAGUGGUCCUGGAACAGAAGGGUUAUCUGGAGGAGCUGGUGCGUUUGAGAGAAGCUCAGCUGUCGGAGUCCGUCUCCCAAAACAAAGCUUUACUGCAGCGCUUCACAGAGGCCGACAUCAGCCACAAACUGGAGAAGGAGCAGCUGGAGUACAUCAUACUGGAGCUUCAAGACCAGCUCAGAACUGUACUGAAGAACCAUGACCUGCGCUCUAGACAGGAGCUCACCUCCCAUCUGACCAAUCAGUGGCCCUCUCCUGGAGCCCUGGAUAACAACGCUGUUGCCUUGGACACGCUCCUCUACCAGAAACGCUCCGGGCCAUGGGAAGAGAAAAGCUUUCCGAGUCUGGACCAGCUGUCUGCUGAUAUGAGCCUGUCUCAGUUAUCUCUGGACCCGGGACACACACACACGCGCAGUCUGGACGGCAAAACAGGACUCGCACACUGGCACCGAGAAGGUAAAGAGGACACGCCAUCUCUCAGAGGGCUGUGCGGGUCUCUAACUUCAGUGGCCAGCUACAAGUCUCUGGCCAGUCUGAAGUCCAGUGAGUAUCUGGCGAGUCCGACCACAGAUAUGACCAGCCCGGGGCUUACUCCGUCUUAAGGAACUCGCAUUCAUGCUUACUUGUACAGUCUAUACUUCUACAGCUAUUGCAGUUAUUUACACAGACACACGAUUUAAAGUACCACAGUAUUUAAAGGAAUGUUUACAGUCACAUGCAAAAGUCAGAGACCCUUUAUUUAUUUAAUUUCCGAUCAAAACGGCCAUUAAGUUAUUCUUUUUUUUUGGGAGAUUAGAUAAAAGAUAAUCUUCUUG